AGAGCGUUCGCUGGGACGGCCCGCGGAAGAACUACCGAAUGAAUGGCCCUCCUCCCGGGAUGGGGGCCCCGGGUCCCCGCGGGGCUCAGAAUUUCGCAGAGUCGCCCCACAGCGUGCAGCGCGCCCUGCCCAUUGCGCGCGAGGCGGGGCGCAGGGCUCACCUGGCCCGCGCCCCGAACACCUCGGAGGCGGCGGCGGGGGCGAGCGGCAGCCGGGGCGGCGCCCGAGCCGACCACGAGGCCGGGAAGAAUGCGGACUGUGAGUCCUGGGUCCGAGAGAAAGUGCUCUUUCUUCUGCACCCGGAGAGGUGGUUGGGCACUCGGGGGGACCCCGCCCGUGAAGAGGUGGCCGGUGAGGAGGAGCUUUUCGAAGCGGGAGGACAAGAUCGGGAAUCGGACUGGCCUUCUCUUUUUCCACCGGAGAAGCGAAUUUCUGGCAGCCGUGUAGACGCUCCCUCCCGAGCUCCGCCAGGGGAGCCCCCCAAACCCUUGCUCGUGCGGGUCGUGGAUUAUGAGAUGACACAAGAAGUCCUGCAGGUCGCGUGGGCGAAGGGUUCCCUGACUACGCUGACCGAGGAGCGCUCCAUGACCUCCGUCACUUUUCGUGCCAACAGGGAGUGAGGCAGAUUGAGGGGCGCCGGGACCCCUGGAGAUCGGCUGGCUCUCGCCGCGAACAGAGGGUUGUUGCAUGAUGCCCCGGGAAGUUUCAGCGGCGAAGUAACGUUCCGGGCUGUUGAAGGAACGCUCAUCCUUAAGAAAACUCCAACCUGUUAGUUAACCUACUGCAAGGACUUUUUAAGAGGCUGGUGCCUGGCUCAGGGAGGCCAGAGACACCCAAUGCAGAUUGAAGAACUGUAAGCAACAGGAUACCUCUUUAAAUACUGUGGCUUAAAUACUGUGACGAUCUGGGGACCUUUGAAGCGAAGAAAGGUUUUCCUGAUCCAGCAGAACUCAGUUGUGGGAGGAAGCCAAGUAAUCUUUUCCCAAUUAACUGUGUCCUGGGAGUGAAUCCUUAGGGAAGCUUGUGCACCCUCCAGACCAAGAAAUCUCUGAGAAUGCAGGGUCUUGGCUUUUUGGUCUUACCUCUACCUCACCCCAAAUGUGAUCAUCUACAAUUGUCUUGGGAGGAUGAAUCACAGCAAGGACUUUGGAAGCGGCUGACCACUCAAGUGACCAAAAGAGAUGUCACAGGCACAUAACCACAACAGAUCAGGCAAGUGUCAAACACUCUUAACCUUUGUCCAAAACCUCCAUCAACUUUGCGAUUCAUUACAUUCGACUUGCUGCUCUUAUUCUUGUUGGUCGUCACCAGCACUUGAUGUGCCUUUUUGUUAAAAAAAAAAAAAAAAAAAAGAAAGAAAAAGGAGAAAGAGGAAAAAGCUUUCUGUGAACAGAAAAAGUUAUAUUUAUUGCAGUAAAAUUUGAGGAAGUGUUAUUUUGGGGAAAA